AAAAUGGAAUAAAACGGGAUUGGAAUUUUAUCAAACAAGAUUGGGAAUAUGAUUUAAUAUGUCAUAAAGUCGCUUUGAAAGAAAUAAAAGAUUCUAGAUAUGAUAUGACUGAAUUUUUUAAAGUGUAUCUGAUGACUGUUAAGGGUUAUGCAAUUAUUACUAAUUAUUUUGGAAUUUCAAAAAAUCCUUCUACACAAAACUAUAUUAUUGUUACGGAUUUACUUGAUGAUGGCUUACAUAAUUUUUUAACCAAAAAUUUCUUGAAUUUAGGGUGGCGAUCAAAAAUUUACAUAUUAGCAUCAAUAGCAGAGGUUAUCGAAAUCUUACAUGCAAAGAAUUUAGUUCAUUGUGACCUUCAUAGUGGAAAUAUUUUGAUAAACAAUAAUCUUAAUCUUACCAAUUCUGACUUAAGAAUAGAUAUGGAUUCAUGUAAAUUAGAAAAUGAUUUGCAAGAAUUAUUUGAAUUGUUUUUAUGUUCAAGUAUGUUACAUCCUCAAUCAUGUUAUAUUAGUCGAUAUAUUAAUACACUUCAUGGAUUGCAUGAUUUAUUGGAAGAAAUAAAAUCUGGAAAAAUUUCAGAUCCUAAUUUAUUAUUAAAGUCCAAUGAAUAA